UAAAGAUAACAGCUCAACCCAGUAAAGGCAAACAUGAAGUCAAUUAAUUUUGCUUUAUUUUUCACUAUAUUGGCUGUAGUUAGCGCUCAGCCUGGUUAUAAGUACCAAUCGCCGCAAUUGCCACCACCCACCAACCACCAUCAUCAACAUCACCACCACCAUCAAAUCGGUGCACAGCCAGCUGUUCCAAUCUCCCCACCACAACAUAACAACAUUUACUCGCCCAUCCAGUCGCCACCAUUGCAAUCGUUUAACGCGCCGCCACUCUCAACACCACUACCAGCAUCACAGCCAGCAUCAAUUCCAUUGCAGCCCCCAGCCCCAGUACAGGAAAUUCCACUGCCACAAGCACCACCUCAGCUGCCACAACAGCCCUAUGGGCCUCCUCCACAAAACCAACCACUGCCUUCGAUUUCUCAGAGCCAUCACCAACAAAUCGUGCAACAACAAGUCGUACAGCAGCAGCCAGCUCAAUUUGGUGCCGCGCAGCUCAGCCUACCCAUCCAGCAACAGCAACAACAGCCUUUAAGUUUCUCCGCUGGUGGUCAGCAACAACAGCCAUUAAGUUUCUCCUCAGGCGGUCACGGUGGUUUCCCACAGAAUUUCCAAUCAUUCCAGACACGUCCUCAGACUGCCAUCAUCAGCAAAGAUAUUUACAUUCACUCUGCUCCGGAAGAUCAGGAGGAGUCUCUGUUAGGCCAACAGCUGGAGAGUGCACCCAUUCGAAAGAAUUAUCGCAUUGUAUUCAUUAAGGCACCCACUCAUAAUCUCAAAUUGGCUUCGGCUGCACUGAGACAUGCUCAGAAUGCCAACGAAGAGAAGACUGUUAUCUAUGUGUUGUCGAAGAAACCCGACUUGACCGAAGUGCAACAGCAAUUGCAACAGGCUCAAGGUCAGCAGAAAUCACACAAGCCCGAGGUAUACUUCAUCAAAUAUAAGAACCAGGAGGAGGCUCAGCGUGCUCAGCAAGAAAUCCAAGCGCAGUACGAUGCUCUUGGUGGUUCUACACACAUUUCCGAUGAGGGUAUUGCUCCAAUUACCUCUGUAUCAGGCGGUGGUUUGAAUUUGGGCGGCGGUAUUAACCCGCAGCAUUCCUCUUUCGUGCAACAGAAUUUCCAAUCGGCUGUUAAUUAUGAUGGACCUACAAACAAAUACUUGCCCAUCAAAAAGAAGUAA